AUCCGCCGUAUCAUCGCUCACUGUUACUUAUCCAAUUCUCAAAUACUACCUUUCAAGACGUACAUCCUGAGGCCCUGAUCGAAGACAUCUGCAUCAUCAAGAACUACGUCCAGUCACAGAACGCGUUGAGAAGUUUCGGGUUAGAACUCGUCAUCUCAUCCUAGGACGCAACCAUGUCUUACGCGGAUCCCUUCAGCGAUCCUCAUUAUCAACAUGACUAUUAUGAUGGCGCUGUGAACCCACGUGAACACGAACCAGUUACGAGCUAUGGAGAGGAGGACUCUGUGGAUGAGGAAUUUCUGGAGAAAGAUUACCACCAAGUGGGAAUCACCGGCCAGGAAUAUCCACCCGAGCCGGUCUCCGCCACAUCUUUCGGCUUUCCGGCCCCGCAGCUACCGGCUGACACCUCAGUCGGAGGCCGAGAAGCGACCGCAAGACUCUACAGAACUCAGACUAGUGCCGAGGCAUGGAGUAAGAGACAAAAGGUCAACCGCACUCGAGCUAAAACGAUCAAAGUUAAAUUGUCAAAGGGGAACUUCGUCCAUGAGUACCCGGUACCUACACCGGUCAAGCAUGCGAACCUGAUGGGCGGUCACAUUGGUAAAGAUAAUGAGUUUACCCACAUGAGAUAUACAGCCGUCACUUGUGAUCCGGACGACUUCACUCGUGAAGCAGGAUGGUCUCUCCGACCUCAAAAGUAUGGACGAGAUAUCGAAUUGCUCGUGGCAAUUACUUACUAUAACGAAGAUAAGGUAUUAGUAGCUCGAACGCUACACGGAGUGAUGUUAAAUCUCAAGGAAAUUUGUAAGGCCCAUUGGAGUGAAUUUAAGAAAAUGGCGGAGAAAGGAGCGCCUGAGACCGGUACCGGAGCCGCUUGGAAGAAGAUUGCUGUUGUCCUAGUGUUUGAUGGGAUCGAGCCGGCUGAUAAAGCAACAUUGGACCUGUUGGCCACCUUAGGCGUCUACCAAGAUGGAGUGAUGAAAAAAGAGGUCGAUGGAAAGGAAACUCAGGCCCAUGUAUUUGAGUAUACCACCAUGUUAUCAGUGACACCCAAAUUGGAACUCAUCAGUCCACAGGAAAAUGACGCCGAUAAUCUGGUUCCAGUUCAGAUGACGUUUGUCUUGAAACAAAAGAAUGCCAAGAAGAUAAAUUCGCAUCGUUGGCUGUUUAAUGCGAUCUGUCCACACCUGGAACCUGAGGUUUGCAUUUUGCUCGACGCUGGAACUAAGCCCGGGCCAAGAUCACUUUACUACUUAUGGGAAGCCUUCUUUCAUAAUCCAAACUUGGGCGGAGCUUGUGGCGAAAUUCAUGCGAUGUUAUCAGGAGGCAAAAAGCUUCUAAACCCUUUGGUGGCAGCGCAAAACUUCGAAUACAAGAUGUCGAAUAUAUUGGAUAAGCCGCUAGAGUCGUCAUUCGGCUAUGUCUCAGUACUUCCCGGUGCAUUCUCGGCCUAUCGGACCAGAGCGAUUCGUGGGAGGCCGCUCCAACAAUACUUUCAUGGUGAUCAUUCCUUGGCUGCAAAACUUGGAGACAAAGGGGUUCAAGGAAUGGGAAUUUUCAAAAAAAACAUGUUUUUAGCCGAAGACCGAAUCUUGUGCUUUGAAUUAGUAGCCAAAGCUAAAGAUAAGUGGGUACUGGGUUAUGUCAAGCCGGCCAAAGGAGAAACGGAUGUGCCAGAGUCUGCCGCAGAGCUUAUUGGCCAACGCAGACGAUGGCUCAAUGGAUCGUUCGCUGCUGGAGUUUAUGCUUUGGCACACUUUCCAAGGAUGUAUAAGACCUGGCACAACCCUAUCCGCUUGCUCUUCCUGCACGUCCAAGCCAUUUACACGACCGUUGGUCUUAUUAUGAGCUGGUUUUCUCUGGCCAAUUGGUAUGUUACCUUCGCAGCCAUUAUAGAUUUGGUUCAUCAGUUCUGGAGAGACCCAUACGCUGCUGGAGGAUUUCAAGACAACCGGAAUACCACCGAUCCUUUCAAAAGUCCUGGUGGCACGUCGGCCGAAAAAAUUGCUUGGGUUACCAUGGAAUGUUGGUCUGGUACGGUGCUUGACAAUACGGCCCAUUUCAAUAACCCGGACUCAGUACCAGAUAAAUACGACUGGCUGGGUCAACUCAAUUACGCACUGAAACUUGUCUAUCUUGCUUUGGUAUCCCUUCAAAUCAUUUUGGCUCUAGGAAAUCGUCCGAAGGGGGAGAAAAAAGCCUAUUUAAUUAGCUUGUGCAUUUUCGCAUCAUUUGCUAUUUACCUGUUAACGAUGACUUUAUUUUUAACUGUCAAAGCAUUUUGCCCGAUUCACGUUCAACUUGACGAGGCAGAAGCUUCAGGGACCAGUCAAGCUUCGGUUUUUAUGAGCACUAGCUAUGGCCCUAUCUUCGCUGGUUUGGCAGGUACUUUUGGGAUUUACAUCUUUUCGUCAAUUUUGUAUAUGGACCCUUGGCAUCUGUUGCAUUCUAUGAUUCCGUACUUGUUUAUUGCGGUUUCUUUCACAAAUAUUCUCAAUGUUUAUGCCUUUUGCAAUUUGCACGACGUUUCAUGGGGUACCAAAGGAUCCGAUAAAGCCGAAUCUCUUCCCUCAGUCUCCAGUACUACCACCGCCAAGGAUGAUGGUGGGCGAGUGGUUGAAGACAUUCGUAGAGAUCAAUCAGAGCUGGACACAGACUUCAAAGAAACGGUGGCGCGAGCCAUGCAACCUUUAACAUCAGUUGAGGCUGUUGAAAAACCCACGGCAGAUGACCUGGACAAAACUUUUAGGACUCGCUUUAUUGCGAUCUGGCUGCUAGGAAAUGCUGGUAUAAUUAUUGGAAUCAUGCAGAGUACCAUCGAUUUUCGGACGAAAUAUUUUCAAGCGUUAUUGUGGAUAACCUUCGGGCUAUCCUUGGUUCGAUUUUUUGGCUUUGCCUGGUAUUUGACCGGCGCAGGUAUAUUCAGAGUAGCCCGUUUGUGUGCUCGCCGUCGCUGAACACUAGAUCAAGUGUAUCGCGCCUUCUUCUCUCUUUGCUACCCAAUUUUUCGUUGCUCUCCGUGAAGAUCGAUCAAAUAAACUUUAGUACCGGAAAAGAUGUAUACUUUUAAAUCGGGAUAUGUCCGAGUAAAAAUGGAUGGGACGGACAAAAUAGUUGACCCAGUCGCAGUAGUCAUUGUAGAAUUUGUUGUGUCGAAGUUGAUUUAUGAUAGCAUGUAGCAUGUAUAGACCUUCAUGUAAAUUAAUUUUUAAUUUCCCCUGUGUUGCCCCCCCUCAGAUUUGCGGCAAGUGGUCAAUCGCAAAUUUGAGGAAUCAUCCGCUGCGCGCGUACACUGAGCCAAGUGUUAACUUCAU